GCCGCUGCCUCCUUCAUCGCCGUCGUCGCCGUCCCCUUCGUCUCCCCCGUCGCCUUCUUCACCGUCGCCUUCUUCGCCGUCGUCGCCGCCGCCGCCGCCGUCGCCGCUGCCUCCCUCGCCGCCGUCGCCUUCGCCGCCGCCGUCGCUCUCGCUCCCCGCCUGAGGCGUCGUCGCUUCCUGGCGAUUGUCGCUCUCCUCCGCCGAGUAGACGAUCUCUCCCUCCUCGGUCUUGAGGCGCUUGGCCUGGCUCUCGAACUCGCGGUCCUCCUCGUACGUCUCCUCCUUCGGGGAGGAGGAGGUGGAGGACAUGGCGGCGGUCGAGGUGGCGUGGGAGACGCUCGGCCUCAGAUGUCGCCGAUCGGUCCCCGCCGCGGGCUGCGCCUCCUCAGCGCGGCUCGGAGCGGCCCCGGCGUCCUCCGCGGCGCGCUCCAGGAGCCCGUGGCUGAGGAGGGAGCGCGGGCUGAGGGGACGCUUGCCUUUCUCUCCCAGCCGGCCCCCGGCUUCUCCCUCCGCCAGCUUCGCAGCUCCCAGCCCCCGGGGGGAACGCGAAAGUAAGGAUGGGGCCGGGGCCGGGGCCGGGACCGUGGCUUCCGGUCUUCCCUCCUCCCUAAUCCGCUCCCCGCCGCUCAGGCGGAGCCUCCACCCCGCCUCGACUGCCGCCGGGCGGGAUCGGAUCCCUCAGCCAAGAGCUCCCGCCCCCUCGCCGAGGUUCCGCUUCCUAUUGGCGAGGGAAAAGUCGAUCUGCUGUCCCAUUGGAUGGAGGGGCCGUUCGUCAGAAUCCCGCCUGGAUCCUCGCCCGGCUUCAAGUCCGGACGGCGCAACGCCCGCUGCGCGCGACUCUGCAGCGGUUGCGGCCCCGCGGCGGUUGGCGCUGUUAGGCCCUCGCCUCAGGCGACGUGCUCGGUGCCUCUGGGCGAGCGGCGACUUCGCAUCGCUUAUCAUUUUAGAAUUCCCGUUCCAAGUGUUCCUGCACACCGUACAGCAACUGUGUGUGAGGCCACCGGUAUACACUGACAAAACUGAAAGCUAGAAAUUGAGUUUUAAGAUAAAAUCGAAGUGUACCGAAGAUGUAUCAAAGGAGUUGCGGAGCUGGGGAGCAAAAACUAGGGCCUUGAGGAAAUCGGCAGCAGUAAGAGACACGGUGCACCAGUUCCGCUUGAAGUCUUUCUGUUGGAUUCAGAUGCUCCCCUCGAGCAAA